GUUAGGUUAGUGAUCCGGCAGAUUGUUGUUUUGGGCGAGUUGGCUGCAUCGUCGACGAUACUCGCGAGCUCGCGUCCAUUGCUGCUGGUUUGGUUAUUCGGCGAGCGGUUCGCGUAGGGAACGAAAAUGGCGAUGGCGACGAAUCAAGUCAAGGGCAGCGGAUGGCCGCGACGAGCGAGCAACAGCUCGUUCGAGGGAAAGGUGGUGCAGAAUCCAUCGGUCACCAUUAACAGGACUGUAAAUUUAUAUCCUUUGACAAACUAUACAUUUGGAACAAAAGAGCCACUCUUCGAGAAAGAUCCAUCAGUACCAGCGAGAUUUCAGCGUAUGAGAGAUGAAUUCGACAAAAUUGGCAUGCGGAGAAGCGUAGAAGGCGUCCUACUGGUACAUGAGCACGGAUUGCCACACGUUCUCCUUCUGCAACUCGGCACAACAUUCUUCAAAUUGCCUGGCGGAGAACUCAAUACAGGAGAAGAUGAGGUAGAGGGCCUAAAACGGCUCCUUACAGAGACUUUUGGACGGCAGGAUGGAGUAAAGCAAGAAUGGGUCAUAGAAGAUACAAUUGGAAACUGGUGGCGUCCAAACUUUGAGCCACCUCAGUAUCCAUAUGUACCGCCACAUAUCACAAAACCAAAAGAACACAAAAGAUUAUUCCUGGUACAGCUGCAAGAAAAAGCUUUGUUUGCUGUACCAAAGAAUUACAAAUUAGUUGCUGCACCAUUAUUUGAAUUGUAUGACAACUCACAAGGUUAUGGUCCCAUAAUUUCAUCUUUGCCACAAUCACUGUGCAGAUUUAAUUUCAUCUAUAUGUAAAGUUAGAAUUAGAGAAAAACCAAUUUGAAAUAUUUUGUUUAAUUUAACAAAAAAUCCACUACAAAUUUGAUAAAUGUAUGUAUGUAUGAGAUGAUGGAUGUGUUACUUGACUUAUGUAUAAUAUACGCAUAGCAUUGCGAGAAUGAAA